UCGUCAAUUACUUUUAUUUUUUUUUUUGUUUAUUUUAAUUCAAACAAUUAAUAAUUUCCGCAAAUUAUCAACUUCCCUGCAGUUGGGUUAAGUGGAUUCUGAGAACACUACAGAACUGGAUGAAGGAGGAAGUCAUAUGUUUUAUUUUGACAUCUGCCGUUAUCGUUUCUUGAUUUUAACAGGCAAUUGGCAAGAAAUGCGCUGAAACAGGCUGCCCACGAGGCCACACUAGGGUUAUUUGAACCAUGUCUUGCCCGUCUGGCUAUUACGGAGACAACUGCGAGGAGACUUGUGAAUGUUCUGCAGACAUCUGCAAUGCUACUUUUGGAUGUCAUAAGAGAUAUGAUCUGAAUUACUUGAAUCCAACAACACUUUCUAUUGUCAUUCCUACCACCCUUGGACUCAUCUGUUUAUUUAUUCUAAUCGCCACCCUCAUGGUACUUAAAAUGAGACAGAAUGCUCAAACACCCCAACCCGAAUCAAUGCAGAAUAGCAUCAAAACGUAUGACGUCACCUCCGGUUCCAUUGAUACCAGAACCUACAAUGAUCUUGGUUCUCAGGACGAGUUCCCACCGCCUCCAUAUGAUGAUGAAUUCAUUGACUGUACAGUGGAAAAUAAAGUGUAUGAAACAUGUACAUAAUACCGAAUAAUAAAAUUUGAUAAUGUGUA